UGUAUCAAAAAAGCUGUAGAGUUCGCUACCCAGAGAAAACAGUUUGGAAAAAGAAUAGACAGUUUUGGAGCCAUUCAGGAAAAACUGGCACGCAUGGCUAUGCUCCACUACAUUACUGAAUCAAUGGCCUAUAUGAUAUCUGGCAAUAUGGACAGUGGUUCACAGCAUUAUCAUUUGGAGGCUGCAAUAUCGAAAUGUUUUGCUUCCGAAUCAGCAUGGUAUGUAUGUGAUGAGGCCAUCCAGAUCUUGGGUGGCACUGGAUUCAUGAAGGAGACAGGACUGGAGAGGGUAAUGAGAGACUUGAGGAUAUUCAGGAUAUUUGAAGGAACAAAUGAUAUCUUGAGACUAUUCGUAGCUUUAACUGGAAUUCAGUAUGCCGGAGCUCACUUGAAAGAAUUACAGAAUGCUUUCAAAAACCCAACCGCCAAUCUAGGAUUGAUUCUGGAGGAAGCCUCCAAGAGGGUGGGGAGAAAAGUUGGGUUAGGUUCACCACCAGCCAUGGACCACCUCGUUCAUAAAGACCUUGCUCAGUCUGCAAAAGCAGUGGCUGUGGUAAGAUAGAUACAUUAAUAUACU